UAUGAAUCAAUUAAGAAAUUAGAGAGGUACAGAGACAGAUGAAGUAUACAUUGAUCCAGAGAGAGGAAUAGCUAUUAAUGCUCGUUAGAUGACUACUGAAUAGCAUUUCAAAUAUUAUAAAUCAUCAUUCAGUACAAUGAGACCUGAUUUGACUGAAUAUGAAUAUGAAGCAUUUUCUAAGAGAUUGAGAGUUGGUACUUGAGAAUUUUAUAUUAAAGGUGAGUCAUUCUUGAAUCACAUGAGAGUAUUUCUUAAUCAUGAAUCAGGUAGGAUCACAAAUCUUUAUAAUUUAAGUGCUAGAAUGGAUAAAGCUCUGGUAUUUUGAUGCAUUACUAUAAUAAAGAACUAUUAAUAAUAAUAUUUCCAUUUACGUACUCCUUUUAUUUUGGGCCAUAGAUCAAAUGCAAAUAGAAAUUGGGCUGAUGCAUCAAAGGUAGUGAAUUAUGUAGAGAAAUAAUUACUAAAAAUCACAAAAUAUGGUAAGUAUAUAUAAUCUAAAGAUAUUAGGCUUGGAUUAUCCUAAUUAUUAUGCACCUGCAACAGCACAAGAAUUGAAUUAGAGAGAGGAUGAGAUUUAUUAGAGAUUUAUAAAAGAAAUGAGGAAACCUCCUGUCGUUGCAGUCUAAUGAAA